UCGAACCACAAGACAAGGCCAUGGCACCAAGUAACCUCGUUUGGUUCUUUUGACUUUGGUUCUAGUUCGACUACAGCUGUAAAAUCCAUUUGCUUCGGCUGCAUGUAUGAAAUGCUGAAAAGAAGCAUAAUUCUUCAUAAAAAAACUAAAGAAUGGCUAUCAGACAUAAACCUGAAGAACUUCAGUGCUUGUGACAAUAUUGCAACUGUCUAUCACAUCAACAAUAGGAACCUGAGCAGCACCUUCAUCAACCUCCCGACCAAUACAAGACAUAUUAAAACCAUACACAUUCUCCCAGAAUGGGAUACUGGUGGCUCCUCUUCCAAAUCCAGCUACAAACUGCAAAUAAAAACAGUCAAAACUAUUUAUUACAAUUUACAA